AUUGGCAGUCGUAAAAGCACGUGAGUAAAUGUUAUUCGUUGAAAUAAGUAUUAAUAUUAAUUAGACUUGUGACUAAUUAUAUUUAAAAGGGACUAGUGUGAGCUGUUAAAGAGGUGUGCUACCGGAAUCACUUUGAGAACACUGAAUAGGCAAUCUUGACUAAUCGUAGAACUACCUUGGUGUUAUUGACAUUGUGGUUAAACAUUACACUAUUAAAUAAAGGAUUACUACAAAACUGCCUCUUUAAUUUUCAAUUCACUAACAUUUUUGCUGAUAAAUUUAUUAUAUAUUACACUGGUUAGGUACAAACGGAAUAAACAUGAGAACUUUACACCAAGAAGAACAAAUUCAUGUCAUUGAUAAUGAAGUGACUGUUGAAGAAAUAAUUAAGGAUAUAGUUGGAACAAAAGACAUAUCGGAUCCAUUUUAUAUUUUUGAUGUCGGUGAUCUUGUGAAUAAAGCAAUAAUUUGGCAGCAAACAUUACCACGUGUAAAACCUUUUUAUGCUGUAAAAUGCAACGACAAUUUCUUCGUGCUAGAAACUUUGGCUGCGUAUGGAACAAAUUUUGGUUGUGCUUCCAAAGCCGAGAUCAAAAAAAUGUUGGACUUGGGAGUGGAUCCGUCACGCAUAAUAUUUGCUAAUCCAGCAAAAAUGGCUUCACAUAUUAAAUAUGCGAAGAGCAAAGGUGUUGAUCUAACAACAUUUGAUAAUGAACUAGAAUUGUACAAAAUAAAAUCUAUACAUCCAUCCUGCAACUUGGUUAUACAAAUUCGUUGUGAUGCAACCGAAGUACAGUGUCCCCUUGGUAUCAAAUUUGGGUGUGAUCCUCAAACUGAAGCACCAGCGUUAAUGGCAAUGGCACAUGAUUUAGAUUUGAAUAUAGUUGGAGUGAGUUUUCAUGUUGGUUCAGGAUGCAAUGAACCAGCUGCCUUCCGAAGAGCAAUUGCUGCUUCAGCAGUCAUUUUCAAAUAUGCUCAGGAGUUAGGUUUUAAGAAUAUGCAUUUAUUAAACAUUGGUGGAGGAUUUCCUGGAAAUAGAAAUACUUCAACUUUCACCACAGAAAUUAGAGACAUAAUUAAUGAUGCUCUCAAUGAAUGGUUCCCUCCAAAUAAUGGAGUGACCGUCAUAGCAGAGCCUGGAAGAUAUUUUGUGGCUUCAGCAUUUACACUUUCGACAAAAAUCCAUUCCAUUAAAAACCGUACGAAUGAUGAAAGGCAUAUCAUGUAUUUCAUUAACGAUGGAGUGUAUGGUUCUUUCAAUAGUAUUCUCUAUGAUCAUUCGGUUGUUGAGCCCAAACCUUUAUAUGAUUAUUCAAGCAGUCGUCCAAUUUACGAGAGUUCCAUCUGGGGUCCUACUUGUGAUGGCUUAGAUAAAGUAGUUGAUUGUGCGAACAUGCCACUGCUAGGAUUGGGUGAUUGGAUUACUUUUGAAAACAUGGGAGCUUAUACAAUACCUGCAGCUAGCACAUUUAAUGGAUUCUCCCUUCCCAAGGUCUUUGCUAUUGCCAAACAAAGAAUUUGGGAUAUGUUGAAAAAUUUAAUGCCCAUAACUGAAGAGCAUUUCACAACUGUGCCCAUUGUUGCAACUAUCAAAAUGUUACGACCUGAAUCCGAUGAAGAUGAUACAUGGGAUGAAAAUAUUUUGUUGGAUAACAGAUGAUAUACACAAUAUUUCCUUAUCUAGAUAAUUUUUUUUUUACUUAGCUCUAAGUUUCUAUUUUUUUAA